UGACAGCCUUCUCUCCGUAUUUCUUGCCCGCUUACAAUCGCUCGCUUUCUCUUCUCAGCAUCUUUCUGAAACUUUAGUUUACGGAAAAAUGGCGGGGUGGAACCCUAGAGCUCCUUAGUCACUUACACCAAGAGCUAGCAGCAGUUCGAAUCUCGAUGAGGACACUUGAUUUUCUAUUCGCCGUUGUCGCGGCGGCAGCGGUCGUCGGCGCAGCGGCGCAGACCAACGCCGACGAUGCAGCGGCAAUGCAUGCACUAGCGCGAACUCUAGGCGCCGACAGAGCCCUCAAAUGGUCGCCGGAUACCGACCCCUGCUCGUCCUGGCGCCGCGUGCUUUGCAGCGGGAGCCGGGUGACCGCCAUCCAGAUUGGAAACCAGCGCCUCACCGGAACCCUACCACCAGAGAUUGGAAAUCUCACCGAGCUCAACCGGCUUGAGCUCCAGAAUAACAGUAUAUCCGGUGCUCUCCCCAUACUCACCGGCCUCUCCAAGCUCCAAGUCUUGCUCCUCCAUAAUAACCUCUUCUCGUCCAUCCCCUCCAACUUCUUCUCCGGCCUUAGCUCCCUCACGUCAGUGUACCUCGACUAUAACCCGUUCAAACCAUGGCAGAUCCCGGCAUCCCUGCGCGACGCCGGAGGCCUCGUCAACUUCUCCGCCAACUCGGCUAAUGUCUCGGGCUCCGUUCCCGACUUUCUCGCCACCUCCUUCCCCAGUUUCAACCACCUUGCGCUUGCUUUUAACCUUCUCUCUGGUCAGUUGCCGGCCACGUUCGCUGGUUCCGGCAUUCGCUCGCUCUGGCUUAACAACCAAGUCGGCGGCCAUUCCCUCUCCGGUAGCAUCUCCGUCGUACAGAAUAUGACUAAUUUGGAGCAGCUUUGGCUCCACUCCAACUCGUUCGAUGGCCCGCUUCCGGACUUCUCCGGCCUCGGUGGCCUCCGGGAUCUCAUGAUUCGAGACAACAAGCUCACUGGCCCCGUGCCGAGCUCGCUCACAUCGUUGAAAUCCCUCACAAGGGUCGCUCUCACCAACAAUCUUCUCCAAGGACCCUUGCCUGAGUUCCCCAACUCCGUAAAAGAGUUAGACCUCGACCCUAAAACGGAGAGCUUUUGUUUGGAAAAGCCGGGAUCUCCCUGCGAUGCUCGUGUAGAUGUACUGCUUACCAUUGCUAAAUCUUUUGACUAUCCGGUAAUAUUCGGAGAGAACUGGAAGGGGAACGACCCCUGCGGCGCCGAAUGGCUUGGAGUUACUUGCAACGGUGAGGGAAAUAUCACGGUCAUCAACUUUCAGAAUAUGGGUUUGAACGGCACCAUCUCCCCGGACUAUGCAAAACUUCCUGCGCUUCAGAAGCUUCUGCUCUCCAAUAACAAUCUUAUCGGCACCAUCCCAACGUCGCUGACUGGCCUGGCUAAUCUCUCCGAGUUGGACGUUUCGAACAACUCAAUCUCCGGUAAAGUUCCGAACUUUCCAGAACAUGUUCUUUUGAAAACCCAAGGGAACCCAAACAUAGGCAGUAAUGUUCUUACUCCGGUUUCCAGUCCUUCUGGAGUUCUUAUAAAUGGUUCUGGGCCCGUUGGUUCAGAGAGCGGCGAAGUGCCUCGUGGCAAAGGGAAGGCUACCUCCACUCAAGUGGGAAUAAUCGUUGGCUCUGUUCUCACUGCGAUUUGUGGAAUUUCCCUCUUAACUUUCAUGAGUCUAUGCUAUUACAAGAGAAAGCAGCAAAAUUUUAACCGGGUUCAGAGUCCAAACACAACUGUGAUUCAUCCUAGAUAUUCUGGGUCAGAUCCAGAUUUGGUGAAGAUUACAGUGGCAGGAUCGAGCGUGAAUACAGGGUCUGCAAGUGAGAAUUAUAGUCAGGCCAGCAGCAGACCUAGUGAUGUCCAUGUUGUUGAAGCUGGAAAUUUGAUGAUUUCCAUCCAAGUCCUAAAGAAUGUGACCAAUAACUUCAGUGAAGAGAACAUCCUCGGCCGAGGAGGUUUUGGUACUGUGUACAAGGGUGAGCUUCACGAUGGUACUAAGAUAGCGGUUAAAAGAAUGGAGUCUGGUGUGAUGGGCACAAAGGGUUUGAAUGAAUUCAAGUCUGAGAUUGCAGUUCUUACAAAAGUUAGGCAUCGUAAUCUGGUUUCACUGCUUGGGUAUUGCUUGGAUGGAAAUGAAAGGCUCCUGGUGUAUGAAUACAUGCCGCAGGGAACAUUGAGCCGUCACCUGUUUGAUUGGAGGGAAGAGGGGUUGAAGUCAUUGGAGUGGAUGAAGAGGUUGAGCAUUGCUCUGGAUGUUGCAAGGGGGGUGGAAUAUCUGCACAGUCUUGCUCAUCAGAGCUUUAUUCAUAGAGAUUUGAAGCCCUCAAACAUUCUUCUUGGAGAUGAUAUGAAGGCUAAGGUCGCAGACUUUGGGCUUGUUAGACUAGCAGAUGGCAAAGGAUGCUCUGUGGAGACUCGACUUGCAGGAACUUUUGGGUACCUUGCACCUGAGUAUGCUGUGACCGGGCGUGUUACAACAAAGGCCGAUGUCUUCAGUUUUGGUGUGAUAUUGAUGGAGCUGAUAAGUGGCCGGAAAGCACUUGAUGAGAGUCAGCCAGAGGAAAGUGUGCACCUGGUUUCAUGGUUCCGCCGCAUACAGCUCAACAAGGAGAGUUUCCGCAAGGCCAUAGACCCUGUGAUGUAUCUAGAAGAGGAAACCCUCGCAAGCAUCACCACCGUAGCCGAGCUUGCCGGCCAUUGCUGUGCCCGCGAGCCACACCAGAGGCCUGACAUGGGACAUGCCGUCAAUGUUCUGUCCACCCUCGCCGAGCUUUGGAAGCCAUCGGAUCCUGACUCCGACGACAGCUUCGGCAUAGACUUGGACAUGACGCUGCCGCAGGCUCUGAAGAAGUGGCAAGCUUUUGAGGAUGGAGAUGGAGCAACCUCUUCGUUCCUCGGCAGCCUGGAAAACACACAGAGCAGUAUACCCACUAGGCCAGCGGGGUUUGCAGAGUCCUUCACAUCAGCUGAUGGGAGGUAGAAUUCUAGUCAGGGAGACUACUAGCUUGUAUUGUUCAUUCUACUUUUCUUUUUGAAGAUUUCUUCAUCUUUUGUUUGAAGCUAAUCAAUGUGUUAUGAUGGUAAUUGUGCCUCAAAUGGAACCAUGAAAACGAACUUGUUUAAGUUUGUCUGUGAAGUGUCUGUAGUGUGUAAUAGUUAUGGAAGCAUCAUUGUUCUUGGUUCAAACGAGAGGGUGUUUGUUAUA